CUAAAUACCAUAGGCAGGACAGAUGAGGGGUAGAGAGAGAAAAAGAUACAGUGUUUAAGUAAAGUGCUCAAAGAAAUGGGAGGUUGGAGCUGUGUAUUUGUCGUUUUUGAAAUCCUCCCAUGCAUAAAGAACUGUCUUCCACUGAGAUUUAGCAGCUGGAAGCAAAGGAGAGAAACAGCAUUGUUUGAGACCACAGGUUAAGAAAGGCCAUUCUACAGUGUAUUGUGGAUUUCUCACACAUGCUGAUAAAGAAGAGGCAGCAAGAUGUGGUGCGAUUUCUGGAAGCCAACAGGAUAGAGUUUGAAGAGGUGGAUAUCACAAUGUCGGAGGAACAAAGACAAUGGAUGUAUAAGAAUAUCCCACAGGACAGACUGCCUUCACAGGGCAAUCCGUUGCCACCCCAGAUCUUUAGUGAUGAUCAGUACUGUGGAGAUUAUGAUGGGUUUUUUGAAUCGAAGGAAAGCAACACUGUCUUCUCAUUUCUUGGGCUGAAACCUAGCACAGCAUCAAAGAAGUCAGAACCCUAGAACAAUCUUUUGGAAGCUUCAAGACACACAUGUCCUGGAUGAAUAACCUUGUUGUUCAGCACAUGACUGCUUCCCUAAUGGAUCACUGUGAUAAAAGCCAACGCGCAUCAUCACUAUUUUGCUUGCCAUUGAGGAGGUGCUUUCCAAGGAAGUGGAGUUAAUGAGGAGUGUAUACAAAAUGGGAUAAAGGGCAGGAUAUUCUUUCUCCUUUUUGGAAAUACCCACUGUUUUUUCUCUUGUUUCCAGAUUGCAUUCUAACUGGCACUGGUAUUCUAGUUAAUGCUGAAGAUAUAGGUGGGUAAUGAGGAAUGGAAAUACGACAUCUGUAUUGUCAUGGAUUCACACAUUUGCCAUAUCUCCUUCCUAUAGUUUGAAAUUAGUCAUGACAUAAAUUUGUUGCAGCAGUUACAGCUUUGAUAGUUAUUUGGAAGCAUUGCUAGUCAUGAUAUAGCAGGUGAAAAUAGACUGAAAUCUUCAGACAUGUAAAACCAAGAUUGCAAUAUUUCUGCCCUCAGUGUAUUCAGUGCUGUUUAUGCUAGAACACAUUUAUUGUAAUAGACAUGAAAUACUAGCUUCUUUCAUGAAAACAAACACCCUACAUGACUCAUAUGAUGAUUUGCAUUGCAAAUGGGAGCUUAAAAUCAAUUAGUAAUGGAGAGAAGCUAAACUGACAGUGUUUUGACAUCAUAUUUCUUUUUUUCCAAAUGCAAGUAAGUUGUUCUAGUGAUAUGCCUGAAAACAACUGGUUUGUUGGCAAGUGCACUUUAAAAUGUGAGGUUGUCAAAAUCGUGUGUGCGUAAGUUGACAAGGCAUUAUCCCAAACAAUCACAUAAUAGAAUGUUUCAUUUAGAUCUGAUUUCCCACCUCAGAUUGUACAACUCUUGAUGGGGCCUUGAAAUCAGCUUGCCAAAACUGGGACAGAUUCUUCUUCCCAUCAUUGCUUUGAAAAGCGCUUUACUCCACAGUUAGCCCCAUUUGACAUUGGUGGUGGUACUGGAAUUGGUAGGACUCAGUACUGUAGGGUGCUGAGCAUACUGGCAGCCAAGCAUGUAAGCAAGAAUUUAGCUGACAGAGAGCAGAAGGCCUAAUGACUUGGAGUAGGAUCCCCAAAGGCACUGGGAUUAUUCACAUGUUAAUGUUAAGCCUCUGCUGAAGUGCUUUGCUGGAAUGGGCCAUGGUAGUCAGGAUAAAAGAUAAGGGUAAAGGGAGUAGACAUUGGCCCUGUGGCUAAACAGUGACUAUUAAAAACAAAAGAAAAGAAAAACUGAAAGUAGACAGUUUAGCCAAGACUUGUCUAUAAUCAAGUCUAAUUGUAUUAGACAUCUUGAAUCUCUUCCCUCCAGUAAAACAACAGCUAUUGAACUUUGUUAAGUAGCUUCUGCUCAAGCAUGGCAGCUUUACUUCACAGCUAUCAUGUAAGGAUUUGACCCUGUUAUUGCAAUAAAUGACUAAAUAGCACAUGGCUGCUGAGGUGCAGUCACAGGACUAUGCAGUUUAUUGAAGGUCAGCACUCCUGUGAAAUGCCCAUGUGCCAGAAGAUCAUCUUUCUUGUAAGCAAACAAGCAAUCAGGAAGCAACCCACUCUAAUGAUUUCCAUAUGCUGCUAUAACAAGUACAGUACCCUAUGAUGCUAGAAGACAGGAGCACGAGUGAUUAACAAGGCAUACUGAUAAUACUACAUGACUAACAUCCACAGCUGCCAACUGUUGCUGCUUUGCAAAGAGUAUGUUUUCCCUUCUUUUAACUGGCCUUGUUUCAACUUGUCCCCUGUCCAGUCACUGCUGUGCUGUGCUGUGUUUCCCUUUACUCCAUAAAAAGCUAAAAGCUAUGGAGAACAAUUCCUCUCAAGCAGCUCCCGUUAAAAUAAAGGAGCUACAGAGGAAGAUCAUGCAGAAUUUGGUCCUGUGGUUAUACCUAUUUCUUACUGAAAACCUUGCCUUUGGCACCUCCAGAACAGGAAUCCAAAGCAGGAGUUAACAGUUGUAAAAUAUAAUGGCCUAUCAUAAAGACUGUGUCAACAUGACAAAAGUCCUGUGUUUUAUUCAGUUUUAGCCUCCAUGUAAAACACUGAAAUUCAGCAAAUUAUGUGAGCAUUGGUUGUUCCCUUUCGUUAAAGGGAACAGGCGCUGUAUACCCCUUAUGAAUGCAAGAAAAUUUAGUCAAGUAAAUCUAAUGUACAUAAUUACAGAAAAAAUUACAGAGCAGCCAUCCUGGAUUUAUCACAUACUUGAUAUGUUGUACA